AGAGCGGAAGACAUCGUUGUGUGUUUUGGUUCUAAGGGGAAGUUGCGAGAAGAAAGAAAGGAGGAGACGUGACGGGAUUGUUGAAAUCGUUUUUCUCGGCUCCCCAUACCAAUCUCACCGCAGUGCCCCGGAUCCUGUGUGAAUACACACCGACGUGGUGGAAGUAAAAGUCCUCCCCAUCGUCUGGCUCUCAGCAGACGCCCAAGUCGUAACGUUUGGCCCGCAGAAUAGCAGAGGAUCUGAUUAGGCCAUGGCCAACAGAGGAGGAGCUACAAGACCCAAUGGACCCAACGCAGGGAACAAGAUCUGUCAGUUUAAGCUGGUGCUGUUGGGGGAAUCGGCCGUUGGGAAGUCCAGCUUAGUGCUUCGCUUCGUAAAAGGCCAGUUCCAUGAAUUCCAAGAAAGCACAAUAGGAGCGGCUUUUCUCACCCAGACAGUGUGUCUAGAUGACACAACGGUGAAGUUUGAAAUCUGGGACACUGCAGGUCAGGAGCGGUACCACAGUUUGGCGCCCAUGUAUUACAGAGGAGCACAAGCCGCCAUUGUGGUCUACGACAUCACAAACGAGGAGUCCUUUGCGCGGGCAAAGAACUGGGUGAAGGAGCUACAGAGACAAGCUAGUCCUAAUAUAGUCAUCGCUCUGUCAGGAAAUAAAGCCGACCUGGCCAACAAGAGAGCUGUGGAUUUCCAGGAGGCUCAGUCAUACGCAGAUGACAACAGCCUACUUUUUAUGGAGACAUCAGCCAAGACAUCUAUGAAUGUGAACGAGAUGUUUAUGGCUAUUGCAAAGAAAUUGCCAAAAAAUGAGCCUCAAGCUCCAGGAGCCAACAGCGGUCGGACCCGGGGAGUGGACCUGACAGAAGCUGCUCAGCCAGCCAAGGCUCCGUGCUGCUCUACCUAAAAUGAAGAACACAAUUUUCCCUCCCUGACCUGUAAACUAGUACCUAAUGUUGGCCGACGCCCCCAGAUGCCACCGCAGCUACUAAUGCAACGUGUCCCCCUCUGUUUGAAACAAAACAAGAUGCCCUGUAUCCUCCCUCGCUCUUGUUUUUGUUUAUCACGGUAGCAAAGUCAGUGCCAUCUCACUGAUGAUUUUUUUUUUGGGGUGGGGGCUUUGCCUCUUCCAUUAAGGUUCUGCUGGUACCUGAAGAAGCCUCCUAACAACUCUGUUUUACAUCCAGCUGAUUAUAUCGGUCACUUGUUUUUGAUGGAUCAGUGAUCACAGAUAUUAGAUACAUCAGCUUCACCUCCCAUCUAACAUCUUUGAUAGGAGUUUCAUUUUGAGGAAGGGAUCACUUCUAUUUUCUGGGAACUACUGCUCUUAUUUUCACCAUUCUUUUGCUUUUGAAUAUUUUUGGUUUAUUAUUUACAACAUUUUGUUUCAAUUACAGAUGCCCGAAAAUGUGUAUUUACGUGGGUAAAAAAAAGAAGAAAAUCAAAAACGGUCUAUAGUAGCACAAACAAAGCAACGAUGAGAAGAGCCAUUUCUUGUGGCUUUGAGAAGAGGUUAGAAAGUCAAAGAGGAACCCUGAGAUCUGUGUCCCGGCUUUCCCUUUAUUGAAUUAAAAUUAGAGCAUGUGUAUAUGUUUCCGACCUCUAAGGACUUGCGCCCGCUCGUUUUUGUCCAUAGUGGCAUUGUGUCACAUUUUUGCAGUAUUCCUCAAUGAUUUGAGUAUCUGCAAGAACCAUUGCAACAUUGCAGAAGCCCCUUCCCUCCCCUCAGCAAGACACAGUGGCCUCUAAGGUACGCAUCAGCAACCAUUCAUCUCCUAAACGUUGCAUCCCUUCAAGAAUCCUGUGUCGGCCAUCCUGCUCAAACUAGGGUUGGAUGAUUUAGUUUAUGCAAAUACUUUUUUUUCCCCAUUAUGUCAGUGUUGCUUGCAGGGUUUGCACAGGGUAAAAAAAACAAAAAAAAAACAAAGGUAGUGGUUGUUGUAAGUGGGGUGCUGCAAUAUGUAAGGUCUCUUCAUGUUCAUAGUGGAAUUCUAAUUAUUUCACAUUUUGAUUAGGAAGUGCUUUAGACACAUUGAUGUGUCGGUAUAUUCGAACUUUGCCUGGGUUGGCUGGCUGGUGACUGAUUUCAUCUGUGGACUCACAUGCACAUUACACACAUUAGCACAAUGAAGCACACGUUCCCACAAACACCAGAUCAGCCCACAGACAGUCUGUUGCACCUCAUCCACACCAAUGUUAAGCACAUUAUUUGUGUUUUUCUAUGUCCCCCCCACAUGUUGUUACAUACACACAUUUGCACAGACACAUUCGUUAUAUAGACUAUUUCUUGUCAAUAACUUUUUACUGGUUUGUCUUACUCAUGCCUUGCACUAAUGAUGCUCAUGAAUUUAUCUUGUCCUAAUUUCAGUCAGUGUGUUAUAAAUAUAUACAUAAUAUAAAUAUAUAAAUAAUAUACUGUAAAUAUGGUGUUGCGGUGUAGUCUACUUUUUUCCUGAUUUUUCUAGUGACUAAUGCUUGCUAGGGAGUUAUCUGGAUAAUCAUUAGGUGUAAUAAAGAAGAUGUACAGAUGGCAGGCAAACAGUUACAGUUUAGGUUUGGAGUUUUGCUGUUGCUUAUCACAAAAAUGAUUACGGUAAACUAUAAUCAGUGGUGGUCUGUAAUAAUGUAUGUAGUGUUGUUAACAAAAGGAAAAAAUAAAAUUGCAGUUAUUUACACUUCUAAAAUGUUUUACCCAAGUAUAUUAUAUUAUGGUUUUUUAAGUCUACCUUUUUGUUGCCUUUUGUGGUUGCUUUUUUGUUUGUUUGUAUGGUUCCUUAAGGUCCACACUAGACUCAAACUUCCACAUCCAGAGGCACUGGUUGCAAAAUUUAAAAUCUGAUUAAUUAGAUGGUCUGACAAUCCACAACAUCUCAACUAGCAUUGUUCCAGUAAUGCAGAAAUGAUGGAACAGAUGUCGGGUAACUUUAAUAGAUAAAUGGUGUUUUCAGUUUUUUUUUUUUUUUUGUCAGCACUUCUUUGCAAGAGAACACAUUUAAAUGCAAGCAUUUUACAGUACUGUUAUGAUGAAAUACUGAAAUAAAUUUGGUCAUUUGUCAUUGUA